AAAACGGAAAUCGCUCUUCCGAUGCAUAUUUUACGUUGAAUAACGUAAAUCCACUCGAUUCCCCGAAACUUGGAAUUAACGCGCGAUAACAGUGGAGAUUUAACGAUAGGAAAAAUCCGCCGGUUUUUUAUUUACAAAUUCAGUCGUUUACGAGCUCUCGUUAAAUAAGAGAAAUUGGAAAAAGAUUUUUCACGAUUUCGACGAAAAAUUUCUCGGAUCGAGAUAAUCUUGCGUAAAAUCCUCACCGCGGUGUCUUUAUCUUAUCUCAAUAGAAUUAAAAGUUGAAUUUAAGAGCAGUCUUCGUUUGAGAAUUCGGCCGGGAAGAACGAAAAGCAUUGUUCGCCCGGUAGCGAUCGAAUGAAUCGGGAUAGAAAAAUUUCUUUGAACUUUCGAGCCCUCGUGACCGAUUCGACACUUUGAUUACAAACACCGGCGUUGAAAGAGCAUCGCGAUAAAGCGAAAUAAUUUAUUGAUUCGAUAAAAAUGGGCGAGAAUCGCGCUGCGGAAAAGAGUGGAGCUGCUUCGACGGAAAAUUCGAAUUCGUUGAAACGAUUCCCUCCGACGAGCACUACAGCCAUGGAGCGAGAUCUUCACGAACGAGAUCGCGUCGGGGUACAAGAUUUUGUGCUUCUCGAAGAUUUUCAGAGUGAAAGUGCCUUCAUAGACAACCUUCGGAAACGCUUCAAGGAACAUCUCAUUUACACUUACAUAGGCCAAGUUCUCGUUUCUGUGAAUCCUUAUAAAAAAUUACCGAUUUAUGGACCCGAAACGAUUCAGUACUAUCAGAGAAGAAAUUUUUUUGAAGCACCACCGCACAUUUUUGCUUUGGCUGACACUGCGUAUCGUUCCCUCUCGAAGGAAAAUCGUGACCAAUGCAUUCUCAUCUCAGGCGAAUCCGGCUCGGGGAAAACCGAAGCAUCGAAAAAAGUGUUGGAAUUCAUAGCCGCGGCGACCGGCCACAAAAAACAGGUGGAAGCCGUCAACGACAAACUAAUCGGGAGCAACCCGGUUCUCGAAGCUUUCGGCAACGCCAAAACCAACAGAAACGACAAUUCCUCGAGAUUUGGAAAAUACAUGGACAUACAAUUCAAUUUUCAAGGCGAUCCCGUUGGCGGAAAUAUUCUGAAUUAUCUCCUCGAAAAAUCGAGAGUCGUGCAUCAAUCCGGGGGCGAACGAAAUUUUCACAUUUUUUAUCAAUUGUUGGCUGGGGCUGAUGACGAAGCACUGAGAAAAUUGUUCCUCAAGAGGAAUCUCGAUACGUACUUUUAUCUCAGCAAUGGGAAAAAAGGGACAGUGGAUACGAUCGAUGACGCUGGUCAGUACCGUCAAGUAAUCGAUGCGAUGAAAACCGUGGAAAUGACGCAACAGGAACAGGAUGAUUUGUUCGCGAUUGUGGCCUCUGUUUUGCACCUUGGAAACGUUGGUUUCACCGAAGAGGAAGGUGUUGCACAAAUUCUCAAACCCGCAUCCGUCGAAGCAGUUUCUUCUUUGUUGGGCUGUGACGUUCAACACUUGGCGAAUGCUUUUACUCACCGGACUAUAGACGCGCACGGUGACGUCGUGGUGUCACCUCUCAAUCGAGAAUUAGCAAUUUACGCGAGAGAUGCGCUGGCCAAAGCGGUUUACGACAGAUUGUUCACUUGGCUCGUAACCAGAUUGAACAAAUCGCUGCAGCCACAAGAUCGACGUCGGAACAGCGUCAUGGGCAUUCUCGACAUUUACGGCUUUGAAAUAUUCCAGAAAAAUAGCUUCGAGCAAUUCUGCAUCAAUUUUUGUAACGAAAAACUCCAACAAUUGUUCAUACAAUUGACCCUCAAAUCGGAACAGGAAGAAUACGAAAAAGAAGGAAUCGCUUGGGAAAAUAUUCCUUAUUUUAACAAUAAAGUCAUUUGUGACUUGAUCGAGGAAAAAUACAAAGGUAUUAUUUCGUUGAUGGACGAGGAGUGUCUUCGCCCUGGAGAACCCACCGAUCUCAGUUUUCUUGAAAAGCUUAAUUUCAACCUGAACAGCCAUCCUCACUUCAUAAGUCACAUGAAAGCAGAUGUGAGAACCCAGAAGAUCAUGGGCCGAGAUGAAUUUAGAUUGGUGCAUUACGCCGGUGAUGUUACUUACAAUGUGCGAGGAUUUUUAGAGAAAAAUAAUGACUUGCUGUUCAGAGAUCUGCGAGAAGUUAUGUCCCAAACCACAAAUUCGAUUACAAAGAGCGUCUUCGACGUGAAGGAUCUACGGAGCAAAAAACGUCCUGAGACCGCGGUGACUCAAUUCAAAAACAGCCUUAACAAUCUCAUGGAUAUUCUCAUGGGAAAAGAACCGUCCUACAUUCGAUGCAUCAAGCCAAACGAUUUUAAAAUAUCAAAUCAAUUCAACGAAAAAAUAGUCCUCCAUCAAGUCAAGUAUCUUGGUUUGAUGGAAAAUUUGAGGGUCCGGAGAGCUGGGUUCGCUUACAGAAGACCCUACGAUCAGUUUCUUCAACGCUACAAAUCUCUCUGUCCAAAAACUUGGCCACACUACAAUGGACCGCCGAAGGAAGGAGUGCGGGUGCUGGUUCAUCAUCUUGGAUUCGAGGAGAACGAUUAUCAAAUGGGAAAUACCAAACUUUUUAUACGGUUUGCAAAAACUCUGUUCGACACAGAAGAUGCUUUUCAGCGAAAGAAACAUGAGAUAGCAGCAAUAAUACAGGCACAGUGGAAGGCAAUUGUCCAGAGACGAAAAUAUCUUAAGAUGAGAGAAGCUGUGAUCGUGAUUGAGAAAUACGCACGGAGGUGGAGAGCGAAACGUGAAGCAGAAAAAAGGAGAAGAGCUGCUCAAAUAGUUCGAAGGUUUAUCAAAGGAUUCAUCACGCGAAAUGGAGAGCCAAAUGAAGAGAACACCAGGUUUAUCGAACUUGCGAAAGCUCAAUGGCUUUUGAGGUUGUCAAAAAAUUUGCCAAAUGGCGUUCUCAACAAUAAUUGGCCGGCUUGUCCCUACGCGUGCAGAGAGGCUUCAGAGCACUUGAGGAAAAUGCACAAACUCUGGAGAGCCCGGAAAUAUCGCCUCGCACUGUCAAAAUCCGACAAAGAACAAUUCGAACUUAAAAUUCUUGCCGAAAGUUUGUUCGAAGACAAGAAAAAAUCGUAUGCCAAGAGUAUUGGUCCGAGAUUCCAGGAGGACAGAUUAGGCGAGGAGCAUUCCGCUCUACGACAAACUUUUAUUGCAAAUAUUCUGCCAAGCGGUGAAAACAUUAAAUAUGGAACUCCAGUUGUUAAGUACGACCGACACGGUUAUAAGCCACGGGAGCGAGUUCUUAUAUUAACAGAAAAAGCUGUUUACAUCCUGGACACAAUAAAAACCUUCAAAUUGAAGCAUCGCUUGUCCUAUGAAGCGAUCGAGGAAUUAGUUGUAACUGGAGAAUCAGACAAUCUAUUGAUAGUGAGGAUACCUCCAGAAUUGAAAAAGGACAAAGGCGAUCUAAUUUUGGAGGUGCCGCACAUCAUUGAGGCACUUACCAAAGCUAUUGACAUCACAAACAACCCAAAAAUCCUCAAAAUAGUUCACAGCGAAUCCUUAUCGCACAAACUAGUCAGUGGGAAAGAGGGCACGAUUGAAUUCACCACCGGAGCAACACCAGCCAUUAGCAAAGACAGACAGAGUGGUCAUUUACUUGUGGUGGCUUCUCCUUGAAGUGGAACAAUUUGAGAUUGUAAAUAAAGCUGAAGAAUUGUUGGAAAUAAAAGGCAAGAUGUGGAAAAAGGUUACUUGAUUAGGAUUCUUGAGAAAAUCUAUUUCUUGGUAGGAUUGUAAAUGCUUCCAUCUAAGCGAUACUAAGCAAGAGGAUUGUUAAUUAAUAAGAUAGAGAUGAUAUAACAUAAUACAUAUAAUAUAUAUAGAAUAUAUAAUUGGAAGAUUGUUGAAAAAGUGUCAAAUAUUGUCUAUUUAUGGUUGUUGAAAAUCAGAUACGCAAAACGCACAAUAAUUUCUAUAUGGACAUGAAUUGGAAUUUGUCCUUGAUGUUUGAAGGAUCAAUGAUGAUGUUCCUUGUGAGCAAUUGUCUAGUGCCAUUUUUGUAGAAUGAGUCGAAGACAGGUCUUGUUAAAAUUUGACAACAAUGUUCUGUACUAAUUAUAUAACGCGUAAAUGAUACUAGAACUGGAAUAAAACAAUGUCGCAAUUUAAA